AUGUCCGCAAGAUUCCACGAGGACUAUGUCAAGACUCCAGAGCGGCCCCCGGAUCUGAAAAGCUGCCAGGAGACUUCGUUGAUCGCGCGCAACAUCUAUUUAUUCGACCUUCGCCACCUUUUUGCGCGGUCAUCCGCCUCGAUCUACGUAGUGCCGACCCCUGUCACCAAAGGCGCCUUGUUACCAAAGGGGGUUCAGGGAAUUGUUGAUAGUCAUAAGACCCGCGUUGCUGCUCGGCUAUAUGGAUGCAAACUCGAGAUUACGGGUACUCGAUUCUAUUUCAGGGAGCAACAGAGUAUUGCGAUGAAGAUAUAG